AUGAUACUGGACGAUCUUCAGCAAUUCUUCAGUAAUAGAAUCCAGUUGCUGAAAGUCAAGUGGAUGGGACAGAGUUUGCUCAAAUCGUUAACGAAUAAAAAGUUCUUACUUGGCACAUCAGUGGUAUUAUUGGCGAUCACCACAACGUUGCUAUUGAUAAGUAAUGAGUAUGCACGAUUAACAUGCAACGUUUUGACCACGAUCCCAGCAAUUCUAUUCACAUUCCCUCAAAUCGGUCAUCAAGAAAUAUCGCAGAGGGUUCAGAUGACAGCAAUAGCGAAAAAUCCAUCCAUAGCUACGGCGAUUUCUGAUGAUUGGCAACGUUCUGAAAAGAUUGUAACGAUUACUUCUGAGAGUCCAUCGCGUACGAGUGAUCAGGGUAUCAGUGAUGAUGAAAUACCGCUGGCAAGACUAAUUCAGGGACUAUAUGGUGAGGACAUCAUUGAGACGGGUCGAAAACAUUCCAGCGGGUAUUCACUCAGUGAAACUGAGCAAACAAAAGCGAGCAGCAAAGAAGCUCAUCGGAAAUAUGUGACGAAAUCUGAAAUUCAUAAAUCUGGAGGAGAUCAGGUGUUUACGAGAGCUAAUCUCUCAUCAGUAUCUCAGAUGGAUAGUGAUCGCAGACGAAAGUAUCAGUGA